GCGCCACAGCAGAGCCUGGGCGGCGGCGCGUCCUGCCCACCCGAGGGCGGCUCUGGCUGAGGGCGGAGGGCCCGGGGCAGCGGCUGAGGAGGGACGGCGGCGGCGGGAACCGCUGCCCCUGGAAGACUCGACCGAGAUGCUGGCGGAAAACCUUGUGGAGGAGUUCGAGCUGAAGGAUGACGAACCGUGGUACGACCACCGGGACCUCCAGCAAGAUCUCCAACUUGCUGCUGAGCUUGGGAAGACGUUACUGGAUCGGAACACGGAGUUGGAGGAUUCUCUUCAGCAGAUGUACACAACUAAUCAGGAACAGUUACAGGAGAUUGAGUACCUGACCAAGCAGGUGGAGCUUCUCCGGCAGAUGAAUGAACAGCAUGCGAAGGUUUAUGAGCAGUUAGAUGUCACAGCAAGGGAACUAGAAGAAACCAAUCAGAAACUAGUUGCUGACAGCAAGGCCUCACAGCAGAAGAUUCUGAGUCUGACUGAAACUAUUGAAUGUCUGCAAACCAACAUUGACCGUCUUCAGAGCCAAGUGGAGGAGCUGAGGUCAUCUGACCAAGGGAGGAGGGACCAGGGGAAAUGUGAGCAGCGGAAAUCGGCACCCAGCUUCUCAUGUCUGAAAGAGCUUUAUGACCUCCGCCAACACUUCGUGUAUGAUCAUGUGUUCGCUGAGAAGAUAACUUCCUUGCAAAGUGAACCAAGCCCUGAUGAAGAAGAAAAUGAGCACUUAAAAAAAACAGUGGCGAUGUUGCAGGCCCAGCUGAGCCUGGAGCGGCAGAAGCGGGUGACUAUGGAUGAAGAGUAUGGGCUUGUGCUCAAAGAAAACAGUGAGCUCGAACAGCAGCUGGGAGCUCUGGAUGCCUACCGAGCACGGGCCCUGGAGUUAGAGGUGGAGGUGGCAGAGAUGCGGCAGAUGCUGCGGUCGGAGCGCCCUUCUGUGAAUGGGGUGGAGAAGCUAGUGCCAGACUCGCUGCUUGUCCCUUUCAAAGAGCCCAGCCAGAGCCUGCUGGAGGAGAUGUUCCCGGCGGCGCCGGAAGCGCCUCGAAAGCCUCUCAAGCGCAGCAGCAGCGAGACGGCCCUGAGCAGCUUGGCAGGGGGAGACAUCGUGAAGGGCCACGAGGAAACCUGUAUCAGGAGGGCCAAGGCUGUGAAGCAGAGGGGAAUCUCCCUUCUGCACGAAGUGGACACUCAGUACAGCGCCCUGAAGGUGAAGUACGAGGAGCUGCUGCGCAGGUGCCAGCAGGAGCAGGACUCCCUGUCCCACAAAGCUGUGCAGACCUCCAGGGCUCCCGCCAAGGCCCUGCCUGAGCCCGGGGCUGGACCUGGCUCUGCCUGUGCUACCCCGGAGCCCACUGGCUCCCCCACUGCUGCAACUCCUCCAGAAUACAAAGCCCUUUUUAAGGAGAUCUUUAGUUGCAUCAGGAAAACUAAGCAGGAGAUAGACGAACAGAGAACAAAAUACCAGUCCCUCUCCUCUCAUUCUUAA